AUGGAGGAUCCCUGGGGUUCCCCUUGGACCAACGACGAGCCACCGAAGAUAGACCUUCCCGCACCACCACCACAUGCGCACUUCACUGCAGACCACUCGGGCAGUUCACAGCGCGUUUCGCCUGCUCACACACCAUGGAACGAAGAUGAUGAUACAUGGGGCGGAUGGGCCGAGGCGGGUAAAGAUAGUAGCCCACGCUGGGGCAGAAGUCCUGGCUUGCGCCCUAUAGGGGGUAGUCCAGCUGGUUCGAGGUUACCAUCGCCGGCCCCGGUUCCAUGGGGACACUCACCAACGUUCAAUACAGCACGACUACGAAAGGAGGAUAACGGAGAUUCAGCGAUUAGUCUGGGUGACGGACUGCGACCGGUGUUAGGGCGUAUUGCGACAAGGACACCAUCGCCUGUGCGGUCACUUAAAGAGAACGCAGCAGAUAUCUGGCAGCAACCAGACCCAGCGCUUUCGAAUAGGAGCUUAAGUCCUUUACCGAUCGACGAUGAAGGUCGACCGGAAUCACCGAGUGGAGUACCUAGACCAGCUUUGCAACGUGGAACACGACCGCCGGCUUUGCGACAACCUUCUAAUAAGGUUUCUGAGUUGGUGGAGAUGUACGACGAUAUGGCAAAGAGCAGCCAUAGUGCUUCGCCUAUUGAUCCAUCCAUGCGGAAGGUAUCGGACAAUGCUUCGGUGCAGGAUGUCACGAUUGGCAUGGAGGUUGACGAACCAGAUGCGACUGAAGGGGAAUUACAAACGAAGGUCGGGGUGGAGAAGGAAUUGAAGGAAUACUCGAAUGAGGAACUUGAAAUUGGACUAGAAGAGGAGGUGGAAGAGAACUCAAAACUUCAAUCCGAGCCAGACGCGAAAGUCGAGAUCGUGUCUGAAGAAACCCUAGAUCAAGACGAGAAUGUGGUGGAGAAUGUGAUUGCAGAGUCACCCAAGGACGAAGCCCAAAGGCAGACAGACUCAGACUCAUGGUCGGAUUUCGAGUCACCAAUGAAGGAGGCACAACAAGACGAGGCUAAACAACCUGAAGUUGAAUUUUUCAAAGAACAGCCAACAGCAGCAACAAUUGACACGACGAGCCAUGAAGAGACUACCAAAGAACCAGCCCUAGCUCCGCCAAAACCACCCUUGGAACCAUUCGCAAUUGACAUGGCAAAGCUUGAUAAUAUCUUCCCGUCAGUCGAAGCGAGCUUCCCAUCCCCGGAGCCGAUUCCUGAUGUCAUUAUCGACGAUAGCUUCACUUCCAUCUCGGAGCGCAAAGCAUGGUAUCUUAUGUCGAGACCUGGUUCGAUGCGGAAGCACAACUUGGGAGACGACGAGAACUAUGUUCGCGUUGGCUGGGGAAACUCCCAGGUGCGUGAACAGGCAAUCAGAAUUGUCAGGCGAUGGAUGGAGGAAGACUCGAUCACGGGCCGUGUUGUUCUCGGCCGAAGAGGUGGUGCCGCUGGUGCAAAGAUCUUCAACUGGGAUUCAUCGGCGCCAUCCACCGAGAUCUCAAUCUCUGAACUUUUGGCGAGGAAGAAUCAUUCGAGACAUGCUUCAGCAGCUUCCAAAGGAACCAUCCCGUCGCCUACAGUUGCAGCGUUUGGAUGGGGCGGCAACCCCAUUCCUUCGCCAACUGUUGCUGCACCCUCUUCUGCGCCUCGCACUUCGACCACAAGUGAACCGAGGUCAUCAGUUGAAACGUCGCCCGUCGAGGCCACGAAAACAUCCCCCGUGUCAAAGACAAAAGCGACUCCUUUGGUAUCUCCUCCAAGGCCAUGUAUCACCGAGGAGCCCCCUUCUCCUAUCAAACCUAUACCAUUACAACCUACAAACCGACCUAUUUCUAUAACGCAACCUUUACAUUUCCCAGCGUCGCCUACGAUCUCGGAACCACAUUCUCCACUCAAUCCUCCUUCGUUUCUAUCAACAAACCGACCGGUAUCGGUAUCGCAAGCACCCACAUCCCCUCUAGCACAACCUCCAACAAACGCAGGCUGGGGUGAAGAUGACGAUGAUGAUGAUUGGGGCGACAUGGUUUCAUCACCCACAGCUGAAACAAACGGCGGGUUUACUUCCAUGGAUGCGAUCGUGGAUUCCAGCUCGAAUGACAACAAAGACCAUAGCAGUCAGCCCUCAACCACAGCUCAAAGUCCGUUGGAUGACAUAGUCCAGAGCGCACCGCAAUCCGAAAUAGUGACCAACGGCCGACCCUCCAUGGACGCUCCGCCUUUACCUCCUCAAAGCUCUGCACCUAACCACGCUCAAACGCCCACUGACCCCUGGAACAUUUCAGCGCUGCAAGGCAAAGCUUUGAGCCACUCUCGAUCGACUACUGUCGAUUUGGCUGCUUCCCCUAUGAAGAGCUUGGCCCCCAAUCAUUCAAGAUCCACAACACUUGAUUUGGGAACCCCUCAGUCGCCCCUGGCAAGUCUUGCAUCCGCAAACCUGAUAUCAAACACAGCCAACACGCCAAUCGAGCAAGUAAAUAAGGUUGAUGCAUGGGACUCAUGGGGUCUAGGGUUGCUCGAUGAUUCCAACAAGCCGGUUAGGUCAAAGGAAGAUGGGAUGUUUGCAAGCCAACAGCUACAAGCUCCUACGCCAGUUGACACAUUUAAAGACAUGGCCUCUCCUAAAAAGCCCCGACCGGUAUCACUACCUGUCCCUCCGCGACCAAAAACAGUCGUUGAGCCCUUCAAAGACGACGAGAUCGUCGCGAAUAUUCUUCGAGAUCUGCCGGAUCUCUCAUACAUGUUACGAUAA